CAAGCAUAAGAAAGGCGGACGGUGUUUACGAAUUAUCACAGAUAUACAAGCACACAUCCGUACCUGUUGCUCAGAACAAGUAGUAUCAGCUUCCGGUCGUAAGGGUAACCCUAUUUUGACACGGAUUGCAAUAGCGUUGCGGUACCACAAACUAAAAUGAAUUAGCAUUCCUCUCCUAGCUUGUGUACCGUCGCUGAACGCUGUCUAUAUCACAAAGCGCUAAUAUCGCGAACUCAGAAUGCCGCUCGGAUGGAGGCUUACGCAAAGACUGAAGCAAGAGGAUGAUCAAGUGCUCGAAGGGUACUGUGCAUGUUCACUAGAUGCUGGUAGGCGAUGUGUGCAUGUAGCUGCCCUUGUAUGGGCAAUACAGCAAGCAACGUGGGGAAAGUUAUCGUCAGAUGAAGAUGAUCUGUCUACAAGCAAGCCAAGUAAGUGGAAUGUAUCCUCAGGCAAUCAUAAUGACGAUAUUGAGAAAUUUCUGACCACGAUCAUAGUUAAGAAGCCUCGUACUGCAUUCAGCAAACAAGACCAAUUGAUUGCUGCUGUAUACGGUACAAGAGUAUCAGAUAUAAUGGCCACGAGACCGUGAGAGGCUAGCACCGACAGACAAAUUAGACAAUGGCAGACUAAACAAAUAUUUAAACUAAAUUAUGAUCUUUCCAUGGUACUGAAAAAUAGCUUUGGGAACGCCGCAAAUAGUGGGGUUUGUACGGUAAUAUUGCAGAGUCCUAUCACCUAAAAAAAAGGAAGUGAUGCAUAGGGCGGGCCAUAGGUUACCUGAUUUUAAAACUUCAAUUUCAAUAAACAUAUGAUAUCUGUUAGAUAAAAG